AAUGAUGGUAAUAUCUGUUUUCAGGAGAAAAAAUGCUAACUUUUGAUGAGUUUCUACCAAUCUACAGUCAAGUUAGGAAAGAGAAGGAACAAGGAACGCACGCAGACUUCAUGGAAGGUCUUAAAGUUUACGACAAAUCUGAGAAUGGUACCAUGUUAGCUGCUGAACUGGCUCAUGUUCUUCUCUCACUUGGUGAAAGGCUUACGGAUCCUGAAGUUGAAGAAAUUUUGAAGACUUGCGCUGGUCAAGAAGACGAAGACGGGUUUAUUAAAUAUGAGCCGUUCGUCAAAACUGUCCUAGCGGGACCUUUCCCAGAAGAAGCUCAAUGAACAUAAGAAAAAACUGCUUUCACUUUGUCUUCAAUUGGCACGAAGAUCGUUGUCUUGACUACUUAUGUAUUUGUACGUUAUUCACAAUCUGUUGGUUAUCCUGAGAUGACUAAAACUUUUCCUAUUAAACCCAAUAUGCUUAGUAGUAGUAGAAAUCUUUAGAACAUAAUAAAUCAUGUAAAUUUUAUGUCUCUUAUUUUAGUCACAAUUUCCAGAAAAAUUGGAUUCCAUUCGUCGUAUGAUCUAAUUGCUGUGAUCUCCCUGUAAGGCAAAAAUAUUUGUAUCAUCAAAUUAUUAUGGCAUAAAAAAAGUUUGCAUACUCCAAAGACCAAAAUAAAAUAAUUUCUAAUAGAA